AUGGUGCACGGUGCACGGUGCACGGGGCAUGGUGCACGGUGCACGGUGCACGGUGCACGGUGCACGGGGCAUGGUGCACGGUGCACGGUGCACGGUGCACGGGGCACGGUGCACGGUGCACGGUGCACGGUGCACGGUGCACGGUGCACGGUGCACGGUGCACGGUGCACGGGGCAUGGUGCACGGUGCACGGUGCACGGUGCACGGGGCACGGUGCACGGUGCACGGUGCACGGUGCACGGUGCAUGGUGCACGGUGCAUGGUGCACGGUGCAUGGUGCACGGUGCAUGGUGCACGGUGCACGGUGCACGGUGCACGGUGCACGGUGCACGGUGCAUGGUGCACGGUGCACGGUGCACGGUGCACGGUGCACGGUGCACGGUGCACGGUGCACGGUGCCACGGUGCACGGUGCAUGGUGCACGGUGCAUGGUGCACGGUGCAUGGUGCACGGUGCAUGGUGCACGGUGCACGGUGCACGGUGCACGGUGCACGGUGCACGGUGCACGGUGCACGGUGCACGGUGCACGGUGCACGGGGCAUGGUGCACGGUGCACGGUGCACGGUGCACGGUGCACGGGGCAUGGUGCACGGUGCACGGUGCACGGUGCACGGGGCACGGUGCACGGUGCACGGUGCACGGUGCACGGUGCACGGUGCACGGUGCACGGUGCACGGUGCACGGGGCAUGGUGCACGGUGCACGGUGCACGGUGCACGGGGCACGGUGCACGGUGCACGGUGCACGGUGCACGGUGCAUGGUGCACGGUGCAUGGUGCACGGUGCAUGGUGCACGGUGCAUGGUGCACGGUGCACGGUGCACGGUGCACGGUGCACGGUGCAUGGUGCACGGUGCACGGUGCACGGUGCACGGUGCACGGUGCACGGUGCACGGUGCACGGUGCACGGUGCACGGUGCAUGGUGCACGGUGCAUGGUGCACGGUGCAUGGUGCACGGUGCAUGGUGCACGGUGCACGGUGCACGGUGCACGGUGCACGGUGCACGGUGCACGGUGCACGGUGCAUGGUGCACGGUGCAUGGUGCACGGUGCAUGGUGCACGGUGCAUGGUGCACGGUGCAUGGUGCACGGUGCAUGGUGCACGGUGCAUGGUGCACGGUGCAUGGUGCAUGGUGCACGGUGCACGGUGCAUGGUGCAUGGUGCACGGUGCACGGUGCACGGUGCAUGGUGCACGGUGCACGGUGCACGGUGCACGGUGCACGGUGCACGGUGCACGGUGCACGGUGCACGGUGCACGGUGCACGGUGCACGGUGCACGGGGCAUGGUGCACGGGGCAUGGUGCACGGGGCAUGGUGCACGGGGCAUGGUGCACGGGGCAUGGUGCACGGGGCAUGGUGCACGGGGCAUGGUGCACGGGGCAUGGUGCACGGGGCAUGGUGCACGGGGCAUGGUGCACGGGGCAUGGUGCACGGGGCAUGGUGCACGGGGCAUGGUGCACGGGGCAUGGUGCACGGGGCAUGGUGCACGGGGCAUGGUGCACGGGGCAUGGUGCACGGGGCAUGGUGCACGGGGCAUGGUGCACGGGGCAUGGUGCACGGGGCAUGGUGCACGGGGUAUGGUGCACGGGGUAUGGUGCACGGGGUAUGGUGCACGGGGUAUGGUGCACGGGGUAUGGUGCACGGGGUAUGGGUGCAUGGUGCACUCAUGUGCAGUGGCAAUCAGCCAGCCUCUGCACAUCACACCUGGCCAACCAAAACCCGUGGUGGGUGUUCCUUUCAUCAUGCCAUGCCAUGUUCAUGCUAG